AUCCUCAGGUAUGCCUCCUAACCCUCAACUGCGCUCCAGCGACCGUCAGCAGCAACAACUACUACUACCGGAGCCGGCCGAUUCACUCCGUCUCUCAGUCUCGGGUGGAUGGAACGAGCACGGUACAGCCACGGGAGAAUCCGAGCUGUAAUAUAAGUGAGAACUUCAAGGAUUCAGAAGAAGUGAUUUUAAAAGAAAAACCUCUCAGCCAUGGCGACAAUCGGGGAUUUCGACCCACUCAACUCCACCGUACCUGCGACAAAGAUUGAAAUCACCGUCUCCUGCAGAAACCUAUUAGAUAUGGACACCUUCUCGAAGUCAGAUCCAGUGGUGGUGUUGUACGUGCAAGGCCUGGGGACCAAGGAGUGGAGAGAGUUUGGUCGGACAGAAGUAAUCGAUAACACGCUGAACCCCGACUUCGUGAGGAAGUUCGUCCUUGAUUUCUUCUUUGAAGAGAAGCAGAACCUUCGCUUUGAUGUGUAAGUGGGAACAUCUCCGCCUUUUCCCUCUACAGCACCGCUGUCUCUUCCCUUUGUUAUACCAGGGAAUGACUUCAAUCAAGCCUCCUCUUAUUUUGGCCUGCUGACUCAUACCCACUAGUUUUCGAAGGCUCCAGUCAAAGCUGAUUACC